AUGUCAAUCCAGGCCUUCUCCUUCCCUGUGCCUGAGACCAGAUUUUUUCAGGCUGGACAACAAGUCUUCAAAUUCAAGAUAAGAAGAGGAGACAUGAGCAGCGUUCAUGAGGAAGAAAUGCUGUAUGGAGCGCUAGUCAGUGAGGAGCUGGAGAAUGCUGUGCGUGCGGUACUUGCAAACCUGGAUGGUCUUCACCCCUUCACCACCCAGCAUUUCAACAUUUUUCCCUACAAAAGUAAAUGGGAACAAGUGUCCAAAAUGAAGUUCAUGAAAGAGGAUGUAAAACUGUCUCCAUACCCCUUCCUAAUCACGCUGUAUGUGGAGUAUCGUGAACCAGCCUUUCCAUAUGCAGUGAAAAAUACCAACGCCUGGAACACACCGGAGAAACAGUCUAUAUUGAAAAGUCCACAGUGUGCCAGUGAGCCAAUGAGGACAGACCAAACCACUGCAAUGGAUCAUCCAAAAGAGGGCACUAUGAACCAACACAAGGAUAAUAAGCAAACCCCAGAGUGCUUUCAGGAGUCCCCUUCCUCGGCCAAUGGUGCAGAAGAGAUGGUUUGUGGCAGUGAGAUUCAUGCUGAUUCACAUGUGACUUGUCCACCAGCACCAGAUGUGCAUGAUGCUGCCCCUGAAAGUCCUGACCCAAAUUCAACAACUGGACAGAACACUGGGAUCAUUACUAGAAUGGCCAGCUCGCUGUUUCCCUUCUCUCUGUUCUUCCGUAAGAGUCCUGCAAAUUAA